AUGGUUUCCAGCAUGGCGCUUCGCAUUGUCAUCAGUCUGUUGGUUCCGAGUGUGAGUGGAUCGUGUUUGCCGGAUGCCAUCCCACCUGCAAGCCGGCAGAACCUGGUGAACCCCAAUGGCGAGACUUAUCCGGUGGGUGUUUUCAUCUCGAACUACGCCGCCUCCUGGGCCGCCCAAUAUUUGGGAGCAGCCCUUAUACAGGACGUCUUGGGAUACAAUGUGACACUCAACGCUGAUGCACCAGGGAGUGGAAGCGUUGCUGGAUAUUAUGGUGUCACCGGUUGUCGUAAUCCCAGCAACACUGCAGAUCGCGGUUGUAUGCAAGGCGUGAGCUACUACCAUGUCCAUUUCGAGAGCUGGCGGGGAUAUCCUUCUGAUUGGGAUUUCAUUCAGAAGACCUACGGCUCUAUGGCUCCCAAGAAUCUGGGAAGCAUGGGAUACAUCGGAUUUGUAUCGAUCUACUUACCGAAACCAGUUCAGGCGCAAGCAUACGCGGCGGAGGGCUUGGCACUCCAAUACUUCCGCAGUUGGAAUGCCUCCUGGAACCAGCCUUGGAAAUACUUCGGUUUGAUCUCAUCGGUCGACACCUCCAAGUUGUUGCCUUGCAAUGCGUCGGUCAUGAUGGAUGACGGUGCCAUGAGGCGUCAUGUCCGUUUCACGGGCGAUUCCGAUGGGGUUGUCAUCAACAACGAUCAAUAUACAGGACGAUGUGACGAUGGCUUUUGGUGGACUGCUCCAAGUUGUCGAGCGAACGCAUCGCGAUGCAUUGGGUUCAUUACUGGAGGUAAUGGUUGGUCAGCAGAGGAAAUGAUGCAGAAGUACACGGUUUGGAACAUGCCCGGGGCAAUUGCAGUUGCAGCAUCAUGGGGUGACUAUACCCAAUUGCCCCUCUCAGGUGAGCACAGCUUUUAUUGGUGGACGCCAGACCCGAGUUUCUUGGAGCUUGCGCCACUGCCUCUGCAAUUCCCGCCUCACAAUGCUAGGGAGUUUGCCCAGGGCAUCCAGACAUCAGCGGGCAGCUCAUUUUCCGUUGACACCCUCGUAAGUCAGGACCUGGCUAUCCUCGCACCCACCGUUGAGAAAUUUGCGGACAAGCUGGAGCUGACCCUGAGCCAAAUGGAUGAGAUCCUCUUAGAUCAGAAGAACACUGGUGAUUCUUGGGAGAAUGUGACCUGCAGAUGGAUCUUGGCAAAUCGAGCCACGUGGCAGAAAUGGAUUCCAGAUGAAAGUGAAUGUGCCCCCGGCUUUGGUCUCUUUGACCAGAUACUCUCGGAGUUCACUGACACACGGGCGAACGUGACAAACAAGAUCAUUUGUGAGGCUUGUCCUCCCGGAACGUUCUCGCAAAUGAUGUCAGACAACAACGGCGACACUUACAUCUGCGUGCCAUGUGACAAGGGUACAAGCCAACCCUCUGGUGCAGCACUGACCUGCACACCGUGCAAGUCAGGUGAGUACCAAGAUGAAAUUCGCAGCACCGAAUGCAAGCGUUGCGCCAUUGGUAUGUAUCAGGACGAGGAGGGUCAACUGGGAUGCAAGAGUUGCCCGAGUUCCACCAGCACCCUUGGCUUUGGGUCAGUUGCUCCAAGCGAGUGUGGGUGUCCCGAGAACUACAUUGACAUGGACCGGUCAGGAGGCUUCGAGUGUGUCCGGUGCAGUGGGGGAAUGACAUGCCCCGCUCUAUCUUCGUUGGUUGACUUGGAGAGUGGAACCAGCGUUUUGGGGGAGGAGUUCACUCCAAAGAUCCAGAAGGGUUUCUACUCCAUCGCAGGUUCUUCAACUUCAACGGAGGUCUUCAAAUGCCGUAGCCCUGUGUCUUGUCCUGGUGGCCCGCCUGGCACUUGCGCUGGUGGGCUCAUUGGCACUCCUUGCUCGCAAUGCCCAGCAGGGGCCACGUGGACCGGAAGUGAAUGCGAGGAUUGCGCCGGGUGGCGUCAAGCUCUAUGGGCCUUUGCAGUGGUUGGCAUUUUCGCAUUCUUGACUGUGGCGUAUUAUCUCGCUACUUCCAAGGUCACAGCGAAAGCCACCGUGCUUUUCGCCACAACGGCUUCAUUUGGCAUGCUUGUGAUGGCAAUGCAAAACAUGGGUCUCGUUGGCAUGAUGACUGUCGAGUGGCCAGUGAGCCUUGAAGGGCUGUUCAGCAUUUGCCAAUUCCUCCUGCUUGACAUUGACAGCUACGGGUUUUCCUGCAUUGCCGGCCAGUCUGAAUCCACCCGCUACUUGCUGAGCGCCUUGAUCUUCCCAAGUGGUGUCGCAUGGCUGGCGCUUUGCUUUGCUGUGUCAAAGCUCUUCCCAAAAAAGCACCAGUGGGAAGGGCCCAAGGUGUGCAGUACAAUGGGCGCUUUCCUGCAGGUUGGAUUCAGCACAAUGAGUGCAACAUCGUUGGCUCCCAUGAUGUGCUACCAGCAUCCGAACGGCCAGCGAAGCAUCAUGAAGUAUCCUGGCGUCAUUUGCGGAUCUGCAGAGCACGAUAUGAUGUUAGUCAUCGCAUGGAUCUUGCUGGUGGUGUUUGUCUUUGGCUUCGUGGCGUUGUGCGCCUUUGCCGUCUUCAUGGUGCCACGGUGGAGUGCCAAGCGACAGAACCACUUUGUUGCCUGCGCCCGCUUCCUGGUGUUUCGCUUCCGCCUGGUGUGGGGAAUGUGUCCACUGAUCAAUUUGCCAGUGGUAGCGGCCACUGACUACCCGCCAAUCCAGGUUGUCGUGAUCGCGAUGGUUUUGACGACAGGCAUGGUAAUGCAAAUGCUUGCCUGGCCAUGGAAGGUCCCUAUGCUCAAUGUGACUGACUGCAUCAUCUCGUUUUGCAUCGUGUUGCUGGUGACCACCUCUACCUUGUACCUCAACAAGAUUGACAGCACGAUGUAUGCCUUUGCAGCGGGUGUGUCGACUGCUAUGCUGAGUGGCAUCGGUGUUGCGAUUGGCAUCAUGGUCCUUAUGACCGCCAGCGCGCUCUUCUACCGGAGUGCGAUGGGCGGUAAGAAGGAGUUGAAAUUCUUCAACCUGGGAAGCGUGGCGUCUUCUGAGGAACUUGCCAGAAAGGUCAAGGCGGUGUGCGUUGAGUUGGAGAAAGCAGAGGUUGCGGACCUCUCAUCACAGCUUGGGGUGUUGGCCGUGUUUGACACGCGAAAGAUCACCACUUGCAUUACACUCCUGGCCACUGAGGUUGCACCGCCUGCAGAAGAUGGUCGUUCCUUCAAGUUCAACAAGCGCAUCGCAUCCAGCUCCUUCGAUCCUUCUCUCAAGAGGAAACCACAAUCCAGGCAGUUUUCAUCGAGCCAGUCAUUGGCACCAGGGACCAAACCCCAAGAGGAAAGCAACGAGAUCACCAAUGCAACGGAGCCGGAGAAGACUGAGACGCUCCAAACUGACUGGAUGUGA